GCUAGAGUCAUUUAACACGUAUCAAACUGAGAGGAAUGUCUGAAUCAAGUUCGUGGAGGAGUGUGGCAUUAGGGGCUCUUCUCUUCGGGGCCCUGCUGCUGAUGGUGUCUGCAGGGCCCAGACCUGAACACGGGACUCUACGGCACCCGCAGAGACAGAAGGUACAGUGGAGACCAAGUAUUCAGUAUCCAGCAUUAAAUGAAGCUCAGAGGAUUCAGUUCCCUUCUGUCCACGACUCUCAGACAAUUCAGUAUCCAGAACUACAAGAUGUGCAGAACUGUAGGUUUAAUACUGCUGGACAUCACUGUGAGCGCUGUAAAGACGGUUACUAUGGUAAUGCAGCUCAGAGAACAUGCAGGCCGUGUCCUUGUCCCCUCAGCACUCAAGACAACAAUUUUGCAGUGGGCUGCACUGAAAUGAACGGCAGAUUCCAGUGUUUGUGUAAAGUGGGUUACACAGGUGAAGCGUGCGAGCGAUGUGCGGUGGGGUUUUAUGGUGAUCCGCAGGUCUCUGGUGGACGCUGUCAUCAGUGCAACUGUCCUGGAAAUCUGUGUGACGUUAAAACUGGAGUGUGCAGGAAUUCCCAAGAGCUCCAGCGCACAAACCCAGAGGAAGAGUGUGCAGAGUGUGAUAACUGCGCUCAGGUGUUGCUCAAUGAUCUGGAAAAGCUUGACGCUGAGCUGAAAAGAAUUAAAGAUCAGCUUGAUUUAGAUUCUCUCACACCUUCAUCUAAAGAAAACCUAAAGAAGCUGGAGGAGGCCAUGGCUGCCACAAUGAAUCUGGUGACUACAUUCAGCUCCACAGUCAACAAACAGAGGCCUAAAAUUGAUCAACUGGAGCAAGAUGUUCUGAAUCUUGCAGAUGAUAUGGACAGUCUGAAAGAACAGGUGCAAAAGCGGUCAGAUGACUCGCAGAAAGCUCUUGCUACUGCUGAAAACAGCCACCAGAGAGCAAAAGAUCUGGAUGCAGAGACACAGAACCUCCUAAAGAAAAUACAAGAGCUCCUGAAGCAGCUGGUGGAUGGGAACAGUGGUGGAGCGGUUCUGCCCUCCGCAGAUUUAGCUAAACUCUUGGAAGAGUCGGCACGCAUGGUGAAGGAUAUGGAGAAGACAAGCUUCACACCCCAGAAAGACGCUGCCAAGAGAGAGCAAGAUGAAGCCAACAAAUUUUCAGAUAACAUUAAAAGCAUCACAAAUGAAUGCAAUGAGAAUGAACAAGCGUCCAAGCGUGUGGAGAAACUGCUGAGCAACUAUGAGUUAAAACUGAAAGAAUUAGAGGACUUGAUGAAACAGGCUGAUGAUAUGGUGAAGAAAGCCAGCAAUCAGAAUAAUCUUAAUUCUGACGGACUUAAAGACAUCCUGAAACGCGUGAGUGAUUUGGAGCGUGAGCGGCAUCUUGUUCGUGGUCAGAUAGCUCUGGCUUUGGACCAGCUGAAGGAAACUGAGGACCUUCUGAACAUGUUCAGUGACAGUAAAACGGAGUACGAGCAGCUCGCAGCAGAACUCAAUGGUGCAAAGACUGAACUCAUUAAGAAAAUCCCAGCCAUCUCUCAAGCAGCAGCUAAAGAUAACAUUGUAAAAGAAGCAGAAGAACAUGCAAAAAAUCUGAACAAACUGACACAAGAGCUCCAAGAGGCUGUACAGAAUGUGAGUGGGCGCUCUGGUGUGCAGAAUGCUCUCUCUGUGAUAGAGGUGUACAAAAACAUCACAGACGCUGUCAAUGCUGCAGAUGAGGCUGCUAAGAAGGCUAAAGAGGCUGCAGACAAAGCGCUCAGUGAUGUCAGUAAGGAAGACCUAAUCAGCAGGGCCAAAAGUCUGAAAGACAAUGGCAACAACCUACUUAAAGAGGCCAAAAAUUCUGCCAAAGACCUUAAAGGAGCAACCAAAUAUCUCAAUAACCAGAUGGACCGUCUGAAAGAUGCUGGGGAGAAACAGAAAGCUCUGGAAGAGGAGUUGCUCGCUGUUAAGGAUGAGUUAAAGGACAUUCAGAAAGAUGACAUUGGUAACAUCAUCGACAUGGCCAAGAAAGCAGCAGCAGCAGCCAAUCGCACUACCAGCGACACAAUGGACCAGCUUAAUGACAUCAAAGCAGAAGUGAACAAGAUCUCAGUUAGCCCUUCUGUUUCUAAUAUUGACAAUGUUCUCAGUGAUGUGGACAACACUGUAAAGACCGUGAGCAGCUCCAUUCCAUCCCUGUUGGAUAAAAUAGAUGAGUUGAACUCUCAGAUCGGCUCAGGAAACAAUGUGUCGGAUAAUAUUAACAAGAUAAAGGAUCUGAUUGAGCAAGCGCGUGAGGCUGCUAACAGAAUUGUUGUGCCUAUGAAGUUCGCUGGUAAUGGACACGUGGAGCUGCGUCCCCCAAGAGACAUCGAUGACCUGCGGGCGUACACCACUCUCACCCUGUCCCUUCAAAGACCCGAGAAACCCCUCAAUCGCGGGGAUGACAUUAGAAAGAGCGAAGAUAAUCAGUUUGUGCUCUACCUCGGCAAUAAAGACGCAUCUUCAGACUACUUUGGGAUGGCUCUCCGAGAGAAUAUCCUACAUGUCAUUUAUAAGCUCAACGGAGAGGAGUACGACAUAGAGACAACCAACAUCACAGAGUCUCCUUCUGAACCAGCCUUCUUUGACAAAAUUGACAUUCACAGAAUUUACCAGGAUGCUGAGGUUAUUCACACACAGCAGUUCACAUCGAGCAACCCGAAGGCUUCACUGACGAAAGGAAACUUGGGUCAGCUGACCCGCAACCUGCUUGAUCUCAGACCUGACACCACGGUCUUCUAUGUAGGCGGUUAUCCGGACAGCUUCACGCCACCGACCUCGCUCAACUACGGCAAAUACAAGGGCUGCAUUGAGUUCACCAACUUCAACGAGAAAUUAAUCAGUCUGUACAACUUUAAGAAUGCGGUUAAUAUUAACUUAGAAACCCCAUGCAAGAGACAUAUCCCAGUUAAAACCCCGGAGUCAGACUACUUCGAAGGCACUGGUUAUGCCAAAGCCCUGCUGUUACGGGAUCCUGCCACAAAAAUAAUCAUCCAGAAAAUGGAAACUCGAUUGGAGGAUGCUCUUUUGAUGUAUUUAGGAGAUGAGAAUGAUGACUUUUUCUACAGCAUCUCUCUGGAGAGAGGUUAUGUUGUUGUGCGUGGCCAAGAGAAAAAUUAUAUUUGGGAGCCCCUCAAAAGUCAGACGAAAUCAAGCCUUUCUCCGGAAGCAGAUGUGAGGAUCAUCAUUAGCGAAAAGGGUUUUAUUGUCCGAGUGGGGAGCGUCGAGGUUAAAACGACAGACAUCCCACAAAAGUUCAAGCACUUCUACAUUGGUGGCAUACCCAAGAGUUUGCGUGACAGAUACAACAUCACUACUCCUGCUCUGAAAGGCUGCGUGAAAAUCGGAACUGCUGCUGGUAUAAUUCCAGAGAUCAAGGAGAAAGUGGGGAUUGGCAGAGGCUGCUCUCAAGAGUCACUGGUGGUGAGGAAAGCAGAGUUCAUUCCAGGCAGUGCAUUAGAGAAACUUCCUGAAGACUUUACCUUGGAGGGAGAUGUGAACCUUUCACUCGGCUUCAGGAGUACAAAACCAGAUGGCCUACUGCUGCAGAACAGCAACGCUAAUAAUCAUAUUGAGCUGUCCUUGGAGAACGGACACGUGGUUUUGAAAUUCCAAGGCAACAUCUGGAAAUCUACUAAACAGUACCAGGAUGGUGAUUGGCAUUAUGUCACUGCGUUCAGAGAAGGUCAACGUGUUGAACUUCGAAUUGAUGAAGAUGAUGUUGGAAAGAAACUGACAGAAUCUUCAUCCAGAUCAGAUUCUCCAAACAUCCUCUUGGGCAAAGAUUCCUACAAAGGCUGCAUCUCCAACCUUUAUCUGAGGAGACCUGAGUCUCUUUAUAAAGCAGAGGACCUGAGCUCUUACACUUCCACAGGAGGCGUUAUGUUGAGCACAUGCGGGGCUGAACACAACAUGUAGCUGCUGCCGACUGCAUCUCUCAAGAUGAAGAAAAUCUGCAGCUGUUCAACAUGGAGAUGUGGAUUCAUUUCUGUUAUAUUGUCAGUGUAACCAGCUUGGUUUUGAACUGCUGCAUAACACAUUUACAACUUCAGCAUUAAAGAUUUCUUCACUUUA